CCAGAACACAUAAGGAGCUCCGGCUCCAAGUCUUUCUUUAUCCUUCCCCUCUUCUCUCCAUUCCAUUUUAUUAGGGUCCAUUCUCCACCUCCUCUUAAAAGGUGCAAAAAGAAAAGGGGGGGCAAAAAAGUUUAAAGAUGGCGAAGAAGGUCCUCAUCGGGGCCGUCUCGGGGAUCCUCCUGGUGGCGGCGGUGAUCGGCGUGGUGGCGGGUGUCAGGCGGUCCCAAACCACAUCCUCGGGCGGCGGAGAUGUCGGCUUGUCGAGCACAUCCAGGUACGUUUCCGCCUUCUGCCAACCGACGCAGUACCAGGACACGUGCGAGCGCACCCUUUCGAAGGUGAGCAACUCGACCGCCCCCAACGAGAUCAUCCAGAUGGCGAUCAACGCCACCAAGGACGCAAUCCGGUCCAAAUUCGACGUACCCGACAAGAUCCUGAAGGACAUCCCGAGCCUGGCCCCCAACCUCCCCCAGCGCAACUUGUCGAUGCUCCAGGACGCGCUCACCGACUGCAAGAAGCUCCUCGAGGACACCAUCGACUUCCUCGACGCCACCUACGUGCUGUCCAACAACAUGGAGGAUCUGGUCCUCCGCUCCAACGAUGUCAUCACCUGGAUGACCUCCAUGAACCUCCAGGUGUCGUCCUGCCUCGACGGCAUCGAGCACCCCGCCGUCCAUCAGGCCAUGAUCAAGGAACUCGGCAACUCCACCGAGCUCCGCAGCAACGCCCUCACCAUGGUCGCCCGGGCCUCCAAAGUGUUCCAGGCCUUCGGCAUCCAGUUGAACACCGGCGCCGACUCCCGCCGCCGGCUUCUCACUCACGACGAGACCGUCUACGACAGGGACUCCGAGGGGUACCCCACCUGGCUCUCCACCACCGACAGGAAGCUGCUGGCCCAGGACAUGGUGAAGCCAAACGUGGUGGUGGCCAAGGACGGGAGCGGCAACUUCAAGACCAUCAACGACGCCCUCAAAGCCAUGCCGGCUGCAUACCCCGGUCGGUACGUCAUCUACGUCAAGGCCGGCGUCUACAAUGAGAAGGUCCUCAUCGACAAGAAGAAGAUCAACAUAUUCAUGUACGGUGACGGCAGCAAGAAGACCAUCGUGACCGGCAACGCCAACUACAAGGCCGGAGUCAAGACCGAUCAAACCGCCAGCUUCGCCGUGCAGGCGCCCGGUUUCAUCUGCAAGCAUAUGGGCUUCCGCAACACCGCGGGACCCGAGGGGCACCAAGCAGUGGCCUUCCGUAUCAACGCCGAUCUCGCGGUGUUCUUCAAGUGCCGGUUCGAUGGGUACCAGGACACGCUGUACGUCCAAAGCGGGCGCCACUUCUUCCGCAACUGCGUCGUCUCAGGAACCAUCGACUUCAUCUUCGGCGGCGGGGCGAGCGUCCUCCAGAACUGCCUCAUCAUCGUCCGCCGCCCGAUGGACAACCAGUUCUCCGCCGUGACGGCCGCCGCUGGUGACCUCCCUGAUGAGAACAGCGCCAUCGUCAUCCACAACUCCCGCAUCCGCCCCGACCAGAGGCUGUUCCCCGACCGGUUCAGGCUCAAGACCUACCUCGGCCGGCCCUGGAAGGCGUACGCCAAGACCGUCGUCAUGGAGACGGAGAUCGGUGACCUGAUCCAGCCCGAGGGGUGGAAGGAGUGGGAUGGGCAACCGGAGCAUUGCAAGACGGCGUACUACGCCGAGUUCCAGAACCGCGGGCCCGGAGCGGAUACCCGCGCCCGGGUGAGGUGGCCCGCGUUCCAUGUGAUCCAGCGACAGGAGGCUCAGAAAUUUACGGUGUCCAAUCUGUUGUACACUCAUGGUGGCGACUGGAUCGCCCUCGCGGGUGCACCCCAAAUCAAGGGCUUCCGCCGCGCCUAAAACGGACGCACGUGCAUGGGUGCCCUCAGCCGUGCAUGCAUGCAAAGGUGGCGUGGAAAGAGCGAACGACGCGAGAGAAGAGUUGGGAGAGAGAAGCUGAGAGCAGAGAUGAGAGUGUGAAGCAGCUUGCUCUUUCUAAUUUAUUUUUACUUUGUGUUUUGAAAGAAUAAGGAUGGAGAGAGAAAUAUGUGGAUUUGGUUUUUCUUUAAAAUGAAGGAUUGAAUGGUUGGAUGAUCUCCGAUCCAUUCUAACCUCCUUUCUUAAUUGAAAUUCUUAUAUUAUUAUUUUCUGUUA